ACACCAUCCAUCAACAACCUUCAUCCUCGAGACUUUCACUGUCAAGUAAUAUACAUAUGAGAGUAUAAGGCCAAAGGAGCACCGAACUUCAUCACUCAGCAGCAUGGCAGAAGAAUCAGCAGACUACCCCAUCAUCGACUCCCACAUCCAUCUCUACCCCGCAUCGGAAAUCGAAACCCUCGCGUGGUGCAAACCCUCCAAUCCUUUGCACAGCCAACACUCACUCGAAGAAUAUGCCGCAGCCACUGGCUCUCCUCCCUCCCUCGAAGGCUUUAUAUUCCUCGAGACAGACCGCAAGCAUGAUCUCGUUACAGGGCUCGAGGAUGGGUCCGGCUGGGAAUUUCCCUUGAUGGAAGUUGACUGGCUGAAGAGAAUUGCCCUUGGUACGCCGAAAGACGGGGAAGGACAUACCUCAGAACAGAAGAAACAGUGCUUGGCGAUUGUUCCUUGGGCUCCUGUGCCAAGCGGUGCGGAGGUAUUGGAGCGCUAUGUUAAGGGGGUGGAGAAGCAUGCUAAGGAUAGCUUUGGGAAGAUUAGGGGAUUUAGGUACCUGGUGCAAGAUAAACCGAAGGGGGCGAUGCUGCAGGAUGGGUUUAUUGAGGGAUUGAAGUGGUUAGGAAAGAAGGGGUUCGUAUUUGAUCUUGGGGUGGAUCAGCAUAGAGGUGGGAAGUGGCAGUUGGAGGAAGCGGUGGAGAUGAUUGAGAAGGCUCAUGAGGGUGUGGAUGAGGAGGACAAGGUGACAUUCAUAAUCAACCAUCUUUGCAAGCCGGACCUUUCGGUAUACAAUCAGACAGAUCCAAAAUUUGUUGCGUGGAGAACAGCAAUGUUCAGACUCAGCAAAUGCAGCAAGACCUAUAUGAAACUGAGUGGAUGUUUCUCUGAGAUGCCAGAUAAACUCAAAGCUUCAUCAGCAGACGAUAUAUUCCUGGCUCUUCAGCCAUAUCUUGUGGUCAUUCUGGCUACAUUUGGGCCCUUCAGAAUCAUGUUCGGCUCGGACUGGCCAGUGUGUACUAUCGGAGUUGACGAUGCCUGGAAGAAAUGGAGGCAAGUAGUGGCUAGGUUCUGUGAUUUGGCUAGCUUGAGUCAGGCGGAGCAGAUUAUGAUUUGGAGCGGAACUGCUAUCAAGGCGUACGGAAUUAAGGAGUUGAUGUGAGAGUUCAGCGAGAUACCAAAAAGUCAUUGUAGUCUGUUGCUUCCAGAUGUAUCCAUCGAAAAUACCCCUCUUGCAGUCU